GGCGUCGGCCCCGCGGACCUGCUGGAAAGCCUCGGCGUCGACGUGGUCGUCGCGGCGGACGGCGUCGGUUCGAACCUCCAGGACCACCUCGAGUUCUACUUCCAGUUCGCCGUCGCGAGCGGGUCGCUGGCGCCGUACCUCGCGCCCUGGCGCAAGCUCCUCAUCGGCCUGCGCUGGCUCCUGCGGCGCGACGGCCUCGGCGCGACGAACCACUUCGAGGCCGGCGGUUUCGUGAGAUCCGCGGCGGGCAAGGAGUACCCGGACGUCCAGUUCCACUUCCUGCCCGUGGCCGUGUCCUACGACGGCGUCACGGUGCCCCACACGGCCUCGGGCCACUCCUUCCAGCUCCACGUGGGCUGCAACCGGUCCAAGGCGCGCGGCGCCGUCGCGGCCGCGUCGCCGGACGUGGAAACCGCGCCGGCCGUCGACUUCGCCUACAUGAGCCACGACGACGACUGGACGGACUACCGCGCGGCGCUGCGCCUCGCGCGCGAGCUCGUCGGCCACAUGGACCUCGAGGGCGUCGAGGAGGUGACGCCGGGCGCGUCGUGCGCGACGGACGAGCAAAUCGACGCGUACCUCCGCGAGCACCUCGAGUCGGCCUACCACCCCUGCGGCACCUGCCGCAUGGGCGACGACGCCGGCGCCGUCUGCGACGCCGAGGGGCGCGUGGUCGGGGCGGAAGGGCUUCGGGUCGUCGACGCGUCGCUGUUCCCGUCCAUCACGAACGGCAACCUCAACGCGCCGACGAUCAUGGUCGCCGAGAAGCUCAGCGACGCCAUCCUCGGCAACGCGCCGCCGCCGCCCGUGGCCCACGCCAUGGACCACCCGCGCGGCCACGUCGACCCCAAGUGGGCGACGCGGCAGCGCGAGAAGCCCUUCUACACCGACGCGAACCCGCCCUAA